UACAAUUUUCUUCAAACAUAAUUAUACUUUGAUGUUUCACAAGCUUAUAGUGGAUCUCGUGCAGCUACUGGUGCUUCAUAUUAAUAUUCUUUUUUCUUUAUAUUUUUCAGGGCAUCCACUUGGAAGAACGUUUAUCAUUGAUUGCAUGCGAUGUCACCAUGCACACAUGGUAUUUGAUUAAAUAUCUACACAUAAUAUUUAUAGCAGACAGGAGGAGGUGUGUGGUGUCAAAAGAAGGAGGCAGCCAAAUGUAUGCAUUUGGCAAAGGUAUAUGAGAAAGGGAGUAGUAGUAGUAGGAAGCAACACAGACAUGAGAAGCUCAGCGUCUUACACGCUACUGUUGUUUCUUUUCGUAUGGUUCCGCCUGGCCGAGUGUUCUUCUUUCAGUGACAUGGAUGCGCUGCUGAAGAUGAAGGACUCCAUGAAGGGACACAAAGCCAAAGAAGAUGCGCUCAGCGACUGGAAGUUUUCCACCUCGCUUUCCGCACACUGUUCAUUUUCUGGCGUCCAAUGCGACCAAGACCUUCGAGUCGUUGCCAUCAACGUCUCGUCCCUUCCACUCUUCGGCCACCUUCCGCCGGAGAUUGGACAGUUUGACAAACUCCAAAACCUAACCAUCUCGCAGGACAACCUCACCGGCGAGCUUCCCAAGGAGCUCGCUGCCCUCGCUUCCCUCAAGCUCCUCAACAUCUCCCACAACAGCUUCUCCGGUGGUUUCCCCGGCCAAAUCGUUCUUCCCAUGACCCAACUCGAGGUCCUCGACGCCUACGACAACAACUUCACCGGACCGCUUCCGGAGGAAUUCGUGAAACUGGAGAAACUCCGAUACCUCAAGCUCGAUGGAAAUUACUUUUCCGGCAGCAUACCGGAGAGAUACUCGGAGUUUGGGUGCUUGGAGUUUUUAAGCUUAAGCACUAACAGUCUGUCGGGGAAGAUUCCCAAGAGUUUGUCUCGGUUGAAGACGCUGAAGUUUCUAAAACUUGGAUACAACAACGCUUACGAAGGUGGGAUCCCACCGGAGUUCGGAGCCAUGAAAUCACUGAAAUACCUUGACCUCUCCAGCUGCAACCUCAGCGGAGAGAUUCCACCGAGCCUGAGCAGUUUAAAGAACCUUGACACGUUGUUCUUGCAAAUGAACAACCUCACAGGAACUAUUCCUUCGGAACUCUCUGCCAUGGAGAGCCUCAUGUCAAUGGAUCUCUCCUUCAACGGUCUCACCGGAGAGAUUCCUGAGAGUUUCUCCCAGCUGAGAAACCUAACUCUGAUGAACUUCUUCCACAACAAGCUGCGUGGUUCUGUUCCCCUCUUCGUCGGCGAGCUUCCGAAUCUGGAAACGCUGCAGCUCUGGGAGAACAACUUGUCCUUCGUGCUGCCCCAGAAUCUUGGCCAAAACGGGAAGUUCAAGUUCUUCGACGUCACGAGCAAUCACUUCACCGGGUUGAUCCCUCCGGGUCUGUGCAAGAGUGGGAUGUUACAAACCUUCGUCAUCACCGAUAACUUCUUCCACGGUCCAAUCCCCGAUGACAUUGGAAACUGCAAGUCACUCGUCAAGAUCAGAGCCUCCAAUAACUACCUUAGCGGCGCCAUUCCGUCGGGAAUUUUCAAACUGCCUUCCGUCAAAAUAAUCGAGCUCGCCAACAACCGUUUCGACGGCGAACUACCUCCCGAGAUUUCCGGCGAUUCUCUCGGGAUUCUCACGCUUUCCAACAACUUACUGACGGGGAGAAUUCAACCGGCCUUGAAGAACUUGAGGGCACUGCAGACACUCUCACUCGACGCCAACGAGUUCGUUGGAGAAAUCCCGGCGGAGGUUUUUGUCUUACCGAUACUGACCUCCGUCAACAUAAGCGGCAACAAUCUCACGGGAGAAAUCCCCACGACGUUGAUUCACUGCGUUUCACUCAACUUCGUUGACCUCAGUCGGAACAUGCUGGUGGGGGAGAUUCCCAAGGGCAUAAAAAACCUGACGAGCUUGAGCGUUUUAAAUGUUUCUCAAAACCUGCUAACAGGACCAAUCCCCGACGAGAUUCGCUUCAUGUCUAGCCUCACAACGCUGGAUCUCUCCUACAACAAUUUCAACGGCAAGCUCCCAACCGGCGGUCAGUUUUUGGCCUUCAGCGACAGGUCCUUCGCGGGGAACCCCAAUCUCUGUUCCUCCCGCUCUUGCACCAGUUCCUCCAUGUACCCAGACGACGCCUUCCAGAAAAGGCGAGGCUCAUGGAGUUCGAAAUCGACGAGGGUGAUAAUAAGCGUGAUUGCACUAGCCACCGCAGCGCUGCUGGUGGCAGUGACGGUGUACAUGAUGCGAAGGAGGAAGCUGCUCCGGGCGAUGACGUGGAAGCUGACGGCGUUCCAGCGGCUGAACUUGAAAGCGGAGGACGUGGUGGAGUGUCUGAAGGAGGAGAACAUAAUAGGAAAAGGAGGCGCGGGGAUCGUGUACCGGGGGUCUAUGCCGAACGGAAGCGACGUGGCCAUAAAGCGGUUGGUCGGGGCGGGUAGCGGGAGGAACGAUUACGGGUUCAGGGCGGAGAUAACGACGCUGGGGAAGAUAAGGCACAGGAACAUAAUGAGGCUUCUGGGUUACGUGUCGAACAAGGAGACGAACUUGCUGCUCUACGAGUACAUGCCGAAUGGAAGCUUAGGGGAAUGGCUGCAUGGAGCGAAAGGAGGGCAUUUAAGAUGGGAGAUGAGGUUCAAGAUUGCAGUUGAAGCUGCAAGAGGACUCUGUUACUUGCACCAUGAUUGUUCUCCUCUCAUCAUUCACAGAGACGUCAAAUCCAACAAUAUAUUGCUCGACGCCGACUUCGAGGCCCAUGUCGCCGAUUUCGGACUCGCCAAGUUCCUCCACGAUCCUGGCGCCUCUCAGUCCAUGUCCUCCAUCGCCGGCUCCUACGGCUACAUUGCUCCAGAGUAUGCAUACACGUUGAAAGUGGACGAGAAAAGCGAUGUGUACAGUUUCGGGGUGGUGCUGUUGGAGCUGAUAAUAGGGAGGAAGCCGGUGGGGGAGUUUGGAGACGGAGUGGACAUCGUUGGAUGGGUGAACAAGACGAGAAUGGAGAUAUCUCAGCCGUCGGAUGCAGCGUUGGUGUUGGCAGUGGUGGAUCCAAGGCUGAGUGGGUAUCCAUUGACAAGUGUCGUUUACAUGUUCAACAUUGCUAUGAUGUGUGUUAGGGAAAUGGGCCCCGCCAGGCCCACCAUGAGGGAAGUCGUUCAUAUGCUCACCAAUCCUCCUCGCUCCACCACUCACUCACACUCACAGCCUCAUUAAUCUCUAAACACAUCAUUAUGAUCUUUGCUCAUCCACAUUCACUUCUCUUUCAAAA